AUGGCCGACAAUGAAAAUCAGCUUGUUCAAGUGGAGCGUACUGUUGAGAACAAUGAGAGAGAUAUCUUGAUGGGGGAUUUCAUGAUGCCUCCAGUCGUUGAGAACCGGUCGAGCAUAGUUUAUCCUCCAUAUGGGCACGAUAACUUCCAGUUGAGACCGGAUGUGAUAAAUUUGUUCUCCAACAACAUUUUAUUCUAUGGGAGAAGUGAUGAAAAUCCACACUACCAUCUCUCUCGUUUUCUAGAGUAUUGUGGCAACUUUAAGUAUCAAGGGAUCAAUGAAGAAGCAAUGAGGAUGCGACUUUUUCCUCAUACUUUGAAAGACAAAGCUCGGGAGUGGUUGGAUUCACUAUCACCUGGUAGCAUCACUACAUGGACUGAUUUGUACAAAGAAUUGCUAAGGAAAUGUCCAAAUCAUGGGUUUUCUUUACCAGCUCAAAAUCACUAUUUCUAUGCCGGGUUAACUCCUUACAACCGUUCGGCGGUUGAUUCUACAGCAGGUGGUUCUAUUAGAAACAAAUCGGUUGGAGAGUUACAUGAUCUUUAUGAAACAAUGAGUGAGCAAUUUGUAAUGUGGCCGGAUAGGAGUUCAAAUAGGAGAGCAGGUGGAGUACACGAAGUGGAUAUGAAUACGGCAAACCAUCUGUCAUCCGAAUGCCCAUUGACCGUUAGGGAUCAUUCACUCAUAGAGCAGGCUGCAUAUGCGCAAAAUUUCCCGCGUCAACAAAAUUUUCAGCAUCCACAAAAUAAUCCAUAUUCUCCAACAUACAAUCCCGGCUGGAGAAACCAUCCUAAUUUUUCAUAUGGCAACAAUCAGGGAAUUCAAAACCCACCAAAACAAGGAAGACCACAUGAGGAAAAAGGAGGAUGGGAAGCAACAAUUUCAAAACUUCAAGAACGAAAUGAGCGAACCGAUGCAGCCAUAAAAAAUAUAGAGACUCAAAUUGGGCAGUUAGCUAAAAUUCUUACUGAGAGGCAACAGGGCACAUGGCCAAGCAAUACCGAAGUUAAUCCUAAGGAGCAAGCAAAUGCAAUCACUACAAGGAGCGGGGUGCAAUUACCAGAGAUUCAUGUUAAAAGACCAAGUGUGGAAAAGAAAAUUGAUAUUGAAAAAGAGAUAACAACUGAGAAUAAGGAGCCCGAAGAUAUAGCUGAACAAGAGAAGGUGAUUCUACCAACAGUCAAGCCUUAUGUUCCACCUAUCCUGUUUCCUCAAAGAUUGCGCAAGCACAAGUUGGAUAAGCAAUUUGAGAAAUUUUUGGAGGUAUUCAAGAAGCUACAAUUUUUGGAUAAGAGUUUGAAUAAAUCAAAUUAA